AUGGGUGACUGGAACCUGCUGGGCAGCAUCCUAGAAGAGGUCCACAUUCAUUCCACCAUCGUGGGCAAGAUCUGGCUUACCAUACUCUUCAUCUUCCGCAUGCUGAUCCUGGGUGCAGCCGCUGAGGACGUAUGGGACGACGAGCAGUCCGAGUUUGUCUGCAACACUGACCAGCCAGGCUGCAAGGCGGUCUGCUAUGACCGUGCCUUCCCCAUCUCCCUCAUUCGCUUCUGGGUCUUGCAGGUCAUCUUUGUCUCUGCGCCCUCACUAGUCUACAUGGGCCAUGCCCUCUACUGCAUCCGGACACUGGAAAAGGAGCGCCACCGCAGGCGUGCCCAGCUGAAGGAGGAGCUGGACGAGGUUGAGUUGGCUUUGGAUGAACAUAAGCGCGUGGAGAGGGAGCUAAGGAGGCUGGACGAGCAGAGGAAGGUGAAGAAGGCUCCUCUCAAAGGCUCUCUGUUGAGAACCUACAUCAUCCAUAUCCUAACACGCUCUGUGGUGGAGGUCUGCUUCAUCCUGGGCCAGUACAUACUCUAUGGUGUCCAACUGGAGCCACUCUAUAAGUGUGAGAGGCUGCCUUGCCCCAACAGUGUAGACUGUUACAUUUCCAGGCCCACAGAGAAGACCAUCUUCAUGGUCUUCAUGAUUGCCAUAGCUAGUGUGUCACUUUUCCUCAACAUUAUGGAAAUAUCCCACCUGGGCAUCAAGAAAAUCAAACAGACACUGUUUGGAGAGAGGUACACGGAAGAGGACAGUUUGAUUUACAAGUCCAAGAAGAAGGCAUCCUUACCACACCUUUGUGUGAUGAGUAAUGUCUCACCUCACAAUGGACCUUUGACUCAGACCUUCAAAGUGAUUCCAGAGGCAGACAUGAAGCCUCUUUAUUACAACACUGGGCUCAAAGCCAACCAGGACAUCCCGAGACACAACAGCUUGGCUCAUCUGGGACACAGUCAGACCAUCUAUAUCUGUCCCCAACCUAGGAUGCCACCCAGGUCUGGCCAGAACUGUGCAGUCCAAGCUCCCCAAACCCAUGAAGGUCUGGAAGUCCACACAGCUAUGGUGGACCACCAUCCUAUCUGGGCUGUGUCCAAUGUGGAGGGAAGUGCAACAGGUUAUCAUGAGGAUCCCCGUGAGGGAGAACACCCUCGCCCCAGCCAUUUGGAAGCGCUGCUGUCCACUAGCACCUUAAGGCCUAGCGCUAUCAGAAACCUGGAUGAGGAUGAGCGAAGGGAGUCAAUGGGGAGCGAGGUCCUGAUCUCCAACCCAAGGAAGACCAGCUUCAUGAUCAGGCCACCAUCUGACAGCUUGUCCUCCAUCAGUGGCUCCACAAGCUCUUCCUUACAUACCUCAGAGGAGUCAGAUGAACUGGGUUCCCUGCAGGGAGAAAUGUCCAUGAUGCCACCUGCCGGAGGCCGGAGAAUGUCAAUGAGCAUGUUUCUGGAUAUCUCCUCUAUCAUGAAGAAGUGA